ACCUCCUCGACUGGACAAGGCAGCGCGGGGAUGUCAUAUCAAGACGAAGAGAAAGACGAAUACACGUAACUUGAAUCGAAUGAAGUAAUGAAAUUUCUUCACUCAUGUGAUCACGGAAUCACCGUGCCUGCAUAUGCAUGGUUGAAGUUUGAGCCUUCUCUUCUCUGUUAUGUGCUGAGUGGAAAUGGAAGACGGGGUUGAUUGGGUGCGGAGCCUCGCGGGACUAGCGCAAGAUGAUGAUGAUGUUGAAUACCUGGGGUACUGGUUCGGUAAGUUCAUUUCUACUUGCCCAACUCGCCUUAAUGUUCAGGUUUAUCCAGCCAGCAAUGGCAGGAGCCAAAGCGAGCUUGACCGAGAUCGACGAGCCUGCCGUGGUUGGACUGGGGAAUGAACGGUGUUUGUUGUUAACGUUGAGAACUUGGAAAAGGUUCCACCUCACUUCUUUGAAUCUCAGUCGAUACGAUGACAAAGUCGCUGUGUACUGGAGACCCCCCCACCCAGUUAGCCGAGAGAUAUCACACAAAAGAUAUCCUUGUACCAAAGGAACCGUACCUGGAUGCAUCCACUUUUCAGCUGCCGCCUCCAGGAUCGGCAAGUUUUUCAGCAAAAAUCGAUAUGGAAGAGUUUGAACAACCGUGGCCAAGGCUGAUUUAGUCAGUCUUCUCGCGAUGAAGUUGCCGG